GUCCACAGAGAAGAAGAAAAAGAAGAGGAGGCAACACAGCUCAUCCAGCUCCGGAUCUGUCAGCCAUGAAGAGAGUGUGGAUUCUGAUGAGCCAGCCAGCACCAAAAGCACACAGGACACUCCAACAAAGAAGAUCAACGGACUUGACCAGUCACUGUCGCGCUCUCAGAUGAUUCCUGUACAAGGAAAAGAAUUGAGUCCAGUGCUUUUGCCACAGCCACUGAUCCCCCUACAGUCUCCUAAAGGCUCCCCCUCCCAGAAGGCUGCUCACGUAAACUUACACGCAGAUGACAGCAAUAAACAGGCUGCGGCAUCCCCUGGUGGACCCGAGAGGCUGCCCCUGUCUAGAUCCAGGUCUAGCUCACAGCAUAGUCAUUCUUACAGAAGGCGAUCCAGCUCCGCAUCUUCAUACUCAAGAAGCAGAAGUCGGAGCCACAGCCGAAGUCGAUCUCGUUCUCCUAGUCAGUACUCUCGCCACCGAAGCAACAGCAAGAGCUACAGUAGAAGUCGCAGCAGAAGCGUCAGUUCUGUCUCGGGGCAUAGAAGCAGCCACCGUGAUUCCCGCUCUCCAUCCAUCCGCCGGAGGAGAGGCUCACCCAGCCAUUUAGAUAAAAGAAGAAUUACCAGCUGCAGAAGUCCUGCAAGAAGGUCCUACAGAUACAGCAGCUACUCUCGGUCGUACUCCAGGUCAAGGUCUGAGUCUCGACUGAAAUCAAGGUCGCCUAGUCGGUGGCAUAGCCGUCGAGGUCACUACUGA